CUGUAGUGUUUGAUGCAGCCCGCCCGUUCGCACGAACGCAAGCAAGUGCGAAGGAACAUCAAGCGCGCCGGCGGGUGAGCAGGCAGGUGCCAGCGUGCAGGAACGCAUGUACGCACGCAGGCAAGCGCACGCACAAGCACGCAGACAAGCAGCACAUAGGCGCACAGGCACACAGGGGCGUACCCGCCCGCACGCGUGCCUGCGCGCACGCAUGCACGCAUGCGGCACACGCACGAAUGCGCGCGCACCACACCUGCACGCACGCAGACAUACACAGAACACUGGUUUUGCCAAUGCAGGGCACAGGGAGCUUCGCAAUGGCCAACGGCAAGCUUGUGUCAACACACAAGCAGGCCUCCUCUGUGUAAUUAGUCAGGCCAGCUUGAAUAUGUCUGUGCAGCAAACUGGUUGUUUCUUAUUGGACACUGCCUGAGUCUUUGUCUGUGCUACACAACGAGAAACUUUUGCUUACACUGGUCAGCCCAGAGGGCAUACUGUAGCAUACAUACUCGCUUGUGAGGCAACAUUGCCCGCGGUGGCAGGGAACGCAUAGUCCCACCGACUGUUUUGCUAGCUGCUAGUCUUCAGCCACUGGGGAAAUCCAGUUUCAGCACCAGAGCCUGGGAGGGACAUCCGGCUUUAUGGGGGUUGCAGCUUGCCAUGGCUCUCACUGCCGUGGUGCGGAGGCGCAAGGCGAACAUGCGUGCGAUGAUGAAUUUGGACCUGUUCUUCAGUUUGAAGUGGAGCAUAUCGGCGCACCCGCGAGUAGCUCUCAGCUCUCACACGGCACGAAGGAACAGCGGCCGAGGCAGGUGAAAUCUGCACAGAGAUGGUCACCGCAUUCAGCUGCAAGAAACCACUGCUCUGGUUCCGAGAGUGGUGCAGAUGACCACAUGUCCAGAGCGACAAGUGAGGCCACAACAUUGCCAUCGGUGUCAGUUUCAGAGUUUACUUCAGAUGGUCCAAUUCAUCGAAGCCAUACAGCUCCAGAGCUUUCAGGUUACUGUGUAUCCUCGAAUAUGGCUGCUCCCCGCAAUACGCUGUGGUGCGCAUCCUGCCAAGCAGAAGGCACCGAGCUAUUCUUGAGUCCGUGGGACCAGUGGAAGUAUUGCAAGUGGUGUUGGAUUGCGAGCGAGUUCAACCAGAUGGCAAUUCCACCCUCAAAAUGGAGUCAGUGGCCCUUGAUUUCUGUAGAGGUAACGCAGAUUUCGGACGAAGAGGACUUGGCAGCGGCCUGGAGGGGACGGUCACUUCCAAGUCAACUGGAUGAUGCGACGGAAUCAGUACGGACAGCUGGCGAGAAAGGAGAACAACCACAAAGCGUAGUGUCAUCAAUUCCGAUUCAAAUGCAAAGCAAUGUGGUGGGACCUUUGCGGGAGACCAGCCAGCACAACAGGGCGCGGUCUGGGCAGCUGAUUCAGGGAAGGUAUCAGAUCUUGGAGCGGCUGGGCCACGGCAGCUUUGCAGAAGCGUAUCUGUCGACGGACAUCCAGACCCUCAAGAAGGUUUGCUUGAAGAGGCACCGCCUUUUCGAUGUGGAGCUCCUCGCGGAUCUGGCUGUGGUCAAUCAGCGCCUUCAACAGGUGGACCCCAGCAGCUUAUUCUUCCCAAGGCUGCUGGAGGCCUUUUUUGAUGGCUUGGGCUGGACUGUUGAGUCCCUAGUGGAUGGUGUGGAUCUGCUCCGGAAGACUGAGUUAGAUCCACAAUUCUUCACGCAGGUGCCGCAAAUACGUUCGGUUGCAAGAGGUGCUUUGAGAGGGCUAACCCUCCUCGAGGAGGCAGGCAUUGUGCACAAUGAUCUUAAGCCUGACAACAUCAUUUGGGUUGAGGGACCAUCCACAGUCCAGACAGUUCGCAUUGUUGACUUCAAUUGUGCCCGCCUAGACCAGAGGGAGUUGCCUGGACAGAACUGGAAUAUGUUGGAGGGCGGUGUUGGCUGUCGUGCCUACUUCUCCCCAGAAAUGGGCUUGGGAUUGCCAGUUACGCACAGCAGCGAUGUUUGGAGCUUGGCCGUGGUGCUUUCCGAACUCUUCUUCGGACGUGCUUCUAGUCUUCUGCUUUGCCAUGACCGAGAUGCUGUGCAGGUGUCUGUCGCUCAAGCAUUGGGUCUUUGUGGCAUGGCAGACGGCAUUCCUUCAUCCUUCCUGCGGAAGUGUCCGCUGGAAAUUGCCAGGAAUUUUACACCAGCUCUUUCAGUUGUUCGUGGCCAUUUGCCUGUCCGACACGCCGGCCCGCAUCAAGUUGAAGUUCUAAGACCUACGCAGCUUGGGCUGCACCAUUUGUUGGGCGACGGUUGGCAAAGCCAACUGUCAGAAAAAAGGGACUUCGGAAGAUUGUUGGAGGCCGCUUUUGUAUUCGAUGGAUCCGCUAGACCCACCGCAAAGGAGUUGCUACACAGCCAAAGCUUUGUGACCACCAGCCGGGCGCAUCAUGCCAAAGCCUCCAGUGUGAAGAAGGCGGCAAGGCCUUAUUGAUGAGUCCGGAAUUCAAAUUUUUAUUCUUGAGCUUUCUGCCGAGAGGGGGCAUUUGCUCAGUUUCAUAGCCCGUGCUUUUCCCACAGAAGCGGGUGGAUGCAUUUAGUC